UUUAGUCAAAUAAAAAUGAUUUUAAAUAUUAUUUUUGUCAACAAAUAAACAAUAAAAUGAUAAAUAUUUUGAUACGAAAUAUAAUAUUUGUAUAAAAAUAAUACACAGUUUUGUCGAUAAAAUGAGUGAUAAUAUAGUGAAUAAUAAGACACCGAUAGAUGUUUUGGUGACCACUGGCGGUGGCGACCAUCUCAUCGAUUUGGAUGUCAAUGAAACCAAAGAAGAUAAGACAUAUGUCUGUUCAUCUGAGUCUUCAUUAUUGUCAUCAAUAGUCUCGAUGUCAGACUCGAUGAAUGCAAUGCAUAAUAUGCUGAGUCUGAGUGAGUCAUCACCAGUCAGUCCUACGACUAACAGCCCUACCAAUGGUACGACACCUGCGAACCCCGUCAUCAAUGGCUGCGACUCUAUACUACCAGAUGUGACAUACGUUCAAACAAAUCUGACUUCACUGUCUGCCUCAGCAAACACUUCUUAUUUAUCUAAUUCUCACGGAGAAAGUCAACCAUUACUGAGAAGAAUGGACUCAACUGACUAUUCCGUAGUCAGCAAUACUUUUCCCGAAGAUCCAGAAUUUCAAUCGGUUGUCAAAGAGGUUGAACAGGCUAUUGACAAUGGGAUACUUCCUAAACGUAUUAAACAGGGAUCCAGUGGCAGCUAUUUUGUCCGCAAUGGUGAAGAUACGAAAACUGUUGGAGUGUUUAAACCCAAAGAUGAAGAGCCGUACGGAAUGUUGAACCCAAAGUGGACCAAAUGGAUGCACAAGUUAUGCUGUCCCUGUUGUUUUGGUAGGUCAUGUCUUGUACCUAAUCAAGGAUAUCUAUCAGAAGCCGGUGCCUCACUUGUUGACCAAAAAUUACAAUUAAAUGUCGUCCCUAAGACUAAGGUGGUAAGACUUUCAUCCGAGACAUUCAAUUACUCGGCUAUCGAUCGGGCAAAGUCUGCGACCAAAAAGAAUGUAAACGAAAGGUUUCCAAAUGUUGGCAAACAUUUUAAUAGAUUAGGUUUACCACCAAAGGUGGGUUCUUUACAAACAUUUGUUGAGAGCUUCGAAGACGCAGCCGUUUGGUUAAGACGUUUUGAAGACAAUCCAUUGACUGAAGAAGUGCUCAAAGAUUUUCAGUCGCAAUUUGAGAGACUUGUAGUUCUCGAUUAUAUUAUAAGAAACACUGAUAGGGGUAAUGAUAAUUGGCUCAUCAGAUAUGAAAAGCCUACAAAACCUGUUGAAACACAACCACUCACUUCUUGGAAUCCUAAGAGAUGUCCAUUUAUUAAAAUAGCGGCCAUUGAUAAUGGAUUGGCCUUUCCUUUUAAACAUCCUGACGAAUGGAGAGCCUAUCCAUACUACUGGACAUGGCUUCCGUAUGCUAAGCAACCAUUCUCGGAUCAAACGCGAGAUUUAAUUUUACCACAACUUUCAGACAUGAAUUUUGUUCAGGAAUUAUGUGACGAACUCUACGAACUAUUUAAAUCUGAUAAAGGAUUUGACAGAAAUCUUUUUGAAAAACAAAUGUCAGUUAUGAGGGGACAGAUUUUAAAUUUGACUCAAGCCUUAAAAGAAGGUAAGUCUCCGUUACAAUUGGUUCAAAUGCCGGCCGUAGUUGUCGAGCGUUGUCGUGGAUCAACACAAAGAGGUCGAAUUCGAGCUAUGACUGAGACUUUCACUCAAAGUUUUCAACGAAAAACACCAUUUUUUUCGUGGUGUUGAAGAGCAUGUCUUCAGUGCCGGACAUUAUAAUUGUCCACUAAUUUUAAUAAUUGUUGUCUAAUAUAAAAAUACUUUAAUUCAAAUAAUGUUUGUAUAAAUUUUUUUUGUCGAAUACUAGUUUUUGAGUCAUAAACCUAUUGUUAUAAAUCAUAGUCACAUUAAUAUAAAAUUUUUAUAACCGGCUGUGAUAUCCUAAAUAUAUUC